AUGGACUCUGCAAGCGGCAUUGUUGACAAAGUUAACGCGUUUGCUGACCACGGUGCAGACGCCGAGUCUGAGCUGCACAAACAGGCGGAUUCAGACCGGAUGCAACGCUCAAAUGAGGAAACUAUUGCAGCUGCAAUCACGCAGCUGAACAGCCAUAAUGGCCACGAUGCAAACUCACAGCGCACAGACCAGUUGGACGCGACCACGGGCCUGGUCUCGGUGCCCGACCACGAUGCAGUUUUCACAGAGCAACAUUUUAGAGACACUUACGGGUUUGAUUUCCGCAAUUUCAGCAUAAAUCCGUGUCUCAGUCCAAACUUGGACACGUCCAUUAGAGACGACGAAUUGGAUCCAAAAACAGCCGCUCGUUUCGACAAUUGGCUACGACUCUCUCCGUUCGGGAUUUGGGUGACUAAAUACGCCACUUCAAAGCCCUACGCGCAGUGCAAGUACUCUCAGUGCCGGCUACAGUUUAAAUUUGACGGACACGCCAACACGUCCAAUAUCAUCAAACACAUGCGUAGACGGCACAAGGAGGACUACGAGCUGUUCGUGUCGUUGCUAGGACGUGAUCACAAACAGAAAACCGCCGUUGCCCCUACUGGCAGUGCCUUCGACGCACAAUCAGCUCAGGCUUCCGCGCCACGCAAGGCUUUUUCAGUGCGCAAAGAGCUUACACCUUUGCUCCAAAACAAACAGUUUCCGCAAAAACAGUUGAACGUGUUUAUCGAUUCGCUACUUCCGCUAAGCACUGCUAACUCAUUUGCGCAAUUUUUGAAAGCUUGCAGCUUCAACAACAGCGACUUUCUUUUGACUCCCGGUGAUAUGGUCUUGAAGCUGGAUGAGUAUUUCCACGAGUUUGAAGCUCAAUUGAAGGAGACGCUGAAUUUCACGUCAAAUAUCAACCUUGUUCUUGAGACUUGGGCUUCACAGGACAACAAAUUGUUUCUCGCGGUAAUGGUUUCGUUUUGUCCCAACUUGGCACUACAGGAUCAGGCUUUGAAGAAGGAGUCUAUCACUUUGAAAUCAGGUCCCAAUGUGCAUGUUUUGGACUUGCUGGACAUCGGAAACCAAUUAUCGACCGUUGUGCCCAUAGUUCUCCAAACGCUUUCGGAUUACGGAAUCUCGCAAAAGAUAGGUAGUGUCACAUUAGACUCUGGUUCCAACUCGACUUUGGCUUUGGCAGAUAUACCAAACCAAUUGAAAAAAAGACUGCAAGCCGAACAGGACAAGAGCUUGAUAGAGAUCAGAAGUUUAAGUCACACUUUGGAAAACGUUGCUGAACUUUUGUUGCGAAUUUUCAAAGAGAACUAUUCAAAACUUGUUGUUAAGAUCGAUGGGCUGUUCACGGUUUUGCAGAAGAACGUUUUUUUGAAAAAAUUGUUCAGAAGGUAUUUGAACGUAGCUGUUCCUACAAGCUUACAAUCUGACCCUUUUUCGCGGUAUAGCUAUUUGUGGGCCUUUUUGAAGUUUGAGCAAGAGUUUAAAAACUUUUGUUCUACUGGUGCCCACGAGAACAAAUCUUAUGAACUUCGGCCAGACGAAUUUCAAUUGUUUUCGUACUCACCCGACGAAAUUGCUCUUCUAAGCGUUUUCCUCAAGACUACUGGCGUUCUAUUUGACUACAUCAAGAGUCUUUCAGACGAAAACAACGACAUUUUGCCUAAUGCUAUUAAUUAUUACAUCCAAGUCGGACAGUACUUCCAGUCGUGUGACAGACUUUUGAGUGGAAUCUACGAGGAUCGAGACGUUUUUAUUUGUGGAUUGAGAGACGAAGAUCUUUUAACAAUUGACGAGAACAAUAAAAACAGCAUAUUCACCAUUAUUUCCACUUGCAGCUCGUACUUCAACCCGCAACUCGAGUGGGCACUCAAACAAGGCGGUUACUGGGUUGCACACAUGUUGCAGCCGCACAUCAAGACCACCAAACUGGCAGAAAAUUUCGAUGACGCGCGGUUCAAGGAUGAAAUGCUUCGGAAUGCGUCAUCGUACGUGGAGCAUUACUUGAAAAUGCAAAGUGUCAAUUUUGCAGUGGAACUGGAAGAGGAGACCACUGGCAGGAAUAUGCGGUCGAAUCUGAAACGCGUCACCAAACCGGGCUCUUCGAAAAGGCGAUCCGAUUUGGACAUGGUGGGCCAGGAUGCGUUGGCGAACCUAGCGGGACGUGAUUUGGGUCUGGGGUCAGAAUGGGCUUUAUAUCUGGAAGAGCCCAUUGAGGGAACCGAUGACGCUGUGAAAUACUGGGUGCGGAAUCAGAAAAAAUUCCCAAUGAUGGCGAAACUGGCGUUGUCGUUGCACAACAGCAAGCUGUCGAGUCGCAGGAUUGAUUCGUGGUUCCAAAUGAGCCAGGGAGCGCUUAGCGCGGCAAUUUCGCAGGGAAGUAUGAGUUUGAAGCAAGCGGUUGUGCUGCGGAACCGGCUGCUGAGCUUCCAGCCUGCGCAGACAUUGAAUUUUGUAGAGUUCGUGGCAGCAGCGCAGUGGGCUUCGGACGAAAACCGGGCACUAGGGGCCGGAGACGCUUGA